AUGCCUCCCGUCAGCGACGAGAAUGGCACGAGCCACUCGUGGAUCUCGUUGCCCCAAGCAAUGUCCAAGGCCGUGUCCUCGCUGGACAAGAUCCUGAACAACGAUCCGCACUGGCAGGCGUUUAUUGACACCCAAGCCAUCAUCGAGCCCGUGACCAUGGGCAUCCAGAGCACCGGCGGGGACGAAGCCAUCCUCGUCAGUGUCUCACCAGGUGCCAAAACGUCGUCCUCGACCGGAUCAUCGGACAAAGCAGACUUUACGCUCCAAGCACAGCCUCAGCAGUGGGAAAAGUUCUUCGCGGCCGACCCGGUGGCGCCGUAUACCAGUUUCGUGGGUCUUCAGGGGAUGAACAUCGUCCAAGAAGGCGUCGGCGUGCACGGCAACCAGGUCAAAUUCGCCCAGUACAGCCACCUGGCCACCCGCCUGCUCGAGCUGCUUCGAGAAGGCCAAAACGGACCCCUCGAGGAAGACGACCAGCCCGAGAUGGACGAGGACCACCUCACGGGCAAGUACAUCUACAUCCACGCCCCCGUGUGGGGCCGCACAAAGGUCUUCUACGAAACAUCCGGCACGGGCCCCCAGCAGAUCGUCUUCCUGCACACCGCGGGCAGCGACAGCCGCCAGUACCACGGGGUGAUGAACGACGCGCGCAUGCGCGAGAAAUGCACGAUGAUCGCGUUCGACUUGCCCGCCCACGGCCGCUCGUUUCCCGGGAGCAACCAUAUCCCCGGCAACCAUACGAACAACGAGGAAGCCUACGUGGGCACGAUCCGCGAGAUGGUCAAGGCGUUGAAGCUUGACAAGCCCAUCAUCUGCGGCGCGUCCAUGGCCGGCCAGGUCUGCGUGGCGGUCGCGAUCCGGGCGGACGAAGUCGGCGCUGGGGGCACGAUCCCGCUGCAGGGGUGUGAUUAUUUGACCAUGGACCGGCAGUUCCAUGACAAGAGUCCCGUGGUGAACCAGUCGUUGUUCAAUCCCGAUUGGAUCUACGGCAUGAUGGCGCCAAAGAGCCCCAAGGUCAACAAGCUGCUCAUCUGGCACAUGUACUCCGGCCAAGCGUACGGCAUUUUCCACGGCGACCUCGACUUCUACUUUGGCGGCUUCGACGCGCGCGACCGCGUCGCCUCGAUCGACGUCAGGAAGUGCCCCAUCUACUUCCUGCCGGGCGAGUACGAUUGGUCGACCACGCCCGAGAUGAGCCAGGCCACGGCGAAAAAGAUCCACGGCGCGAAUUUCAGCUCGAUGAAGGGGUUGGGCCAUUUUCCGGCCACGGAGGAUCCGCAGAAAUUUGUGCCGUAUCUCAUCGAGGCGAUUGAUUGGAUCCAGAAGACGAGGGAAUCCUAA